UUUUAAUUAUCAUUUUCAUCACCAUCAAUCAAUCAACCAUUCAUCAUAUUGAUCCGUGAUCAUUAUUAUUUACUUUUGCUUGAUUAGCAAAACGCAAAUAUAUAGAAAUUAUAUUUACCAUCGAAUCCAUCAUUCGUUAUCAAACAUCAUUAUCAUCAUCCAAAAUGUUGAAUGCCUAUCUUAUUGUGACCCUUUUGGUCGUCAUUAAUUUGAUCAAUUAUAUGGAUCGAUUCACCAUAGCCGGUGUAUUGAAUGAUAUUCAAACAUAUUUCGAUAUCAAUGAUGCUACCGGUGGCCUAUUACAGACAUCAUUCAUUGUUUCCUAUAUGAUAUUUUCACCACUAUUCGGCUAUCUUGGUGAUAGAUAUUCACGAAAAUAUAUAAUUCUAUUCGGUGUAUCAUUUUGGUCAACAAUGACUUUUUUAUCAUCUUUUGUGCAACCACAUCAUACUUAUUUAUUUUUCAUGUUUCGUGCCUUGGUUGGUAUUGGUGAAGCCAGCUAUGCAACUGUUGCUCCAACGUUAAUUGCCGAUCUAUUUAUCGGUGGUAAACGUUCGACAAUGUUGGCCGUUUUCUAUUUUGCAAUACCCGUUGGUUCCGGACUUGGAUAUAUUGUUGGUAUCCUAAUGUCACAAAUGUUUGGCCAUUGGACAUGGGCUCUACGUUUUACACCUAUUUUUGGAAUAAUUUCCGUUUUUGGUUUUCUUUUCGUAACCGAACCUGCCCGUGGUGCUAUUGAACAAGCUAAUCUUCGACGUUCUGAACUAGAUUCAAAUAAUGAUAAUACAACACGUUCAUUCCGUUUAAUUAUCGAAAGUUUAACCAAAGAUGUUCGCUAUUUAACAUCGAUACCAACAUAUCUGCUUACAACAUUGGGCUUUACUUGUGUUUGUUUCUCUGUCGGUGCCGUUUCAUGGUGGGCACCCACUUUUAUGCAGAAUGCCAAUCCUGAUACGGCAAAAGAAAAAAUCGGUUUGAUAUUCGGCGUCAUUGCUUGCUUAGGUGGAUUAUCUGGUGUUCUCAUCGGUUAUUCAUGCUCACGCUAUUUCCGUUCCAAAUUUCCUGCCGCUGAUUCAUGGGUCUGUGCUAUCGGUGUUGCCAUCUCAAUUCCAUGUACUGUGUUGAGUAUUGCUUUUGCAAAUCAAUCACCUACCAUUUCUUGGUUGGCCAUUUUUUUGGCUGUCACUUUCUUAUCGACUAAUUGGUCGGUAGUUGUUGACAUUCUAUUGUAUGUGAUUAUACCACAACGACGUUCGACUGCUCAAUCACUUCAGAUUCUUACCUCACAUAUUCUUGGCGAUGCUUCCAGUCCAUUCAUCAUCGGAGCGAUAUCUGAUGCAUUUUCCAGCGAUUUUGAUAAAUUUCAUAGUCUUUCGUAUGCGCUCUACUUAACACCACUCGUACUUGUAUUUGGUGUUUUAUUUUUCGGGCUUAGUGCACGAUUUAUAUUAAAAGAUGAACAUCGAUGUAAACAAAUGAUCUCAAAUGGUUCAGCUGAAAGUUCCACCAAUUCAGACAGUAAUUCAGAUGGUAUUGAUCUUGUUCAUAAUAAUAAACAUACAACAAUAUCGAACACUACUACCACUACUAAUAGCUUUGUUGAUGAUAAUGAUAAUAUAAUGAAAUUUCCAAAUAAUCAACAAACAGAUAUAGGAACCAGACAAAAUCAAGUGGAUAUUGGUUUCAUCAACAAUCUUUAUCAAUAUAAUAAUGAUAAUGAUGAUGAAUAGUUUAUGAUUCAUAGAGAAUUUUUAUUAUUAUUAUUCAAAAUAACCCAUUUUAUCUAUAUAUCUAUCUAUCUAUAUUGAGCUUAUAUUAAACCAAAAGUGAAAGUCGAAAGAACA